CCCCAGAGUCUGGCUGGACACGGUUCGGGCCCCGCCCCUCCGGUCCCGCCCCCGCCUGGAGGCCGCGCGUCUCCUGCGGGCGGAGCCGAGGAGCUUCGCUUCGGCGUCGGCGAGGAGGAGGGGAGAGCAGGCGGCCGUAGCUGCCGAGCGCUGUGCUGGGCGGCGCUUUUUUUUUCUUCGUAAUUUCCACUCUCAGAGAGCAGGAAACCGGGAGCAGCCGGGCGCAGCGGGGCCGCGAUGCAGCAGCAGCAGCAGCAGGAGUCGCCCCAGGGCAGCAGCUGCAGCGGCAGCAGAAGCAGCAACGGGCGGCGCUGAGCCACCACCACCACUGAAGGAGAAACCGGCCCAGCUGCAGCCGCGUCCCGACGCCCGCGCCCCGGAUCCCCGCGCCGCUAUCUCGGCGCCCCGAACCCCAUACCUGGUUCCGCCAACUUUCACGCUGCCUCGGCGGCUCAGCCCGGCUCGGCGCCAAUGGUGGAGGCCAUAGUGGAGUUUGAUUACCAGGCCCAGCACGACGAUGAGCUGACGAUCAGUGUGGGUGAGAUCAUCACCAACAUCAGAAAGGAGGAUGGAGGCUGGUGGGAGGGACAGAUCAACGGCAGGAGAGGUUUGUUCCCUGACAACUUUGUAAGAGAAAUAAAGAAAGAUGUGAAGAAAGACCCUCUCUCCAACAAAGCUCCAGAGAAGCCCAUGCAUGAUGUGUCUGGCGGAAACUCUUUGCUGUCUUCGGAAACAAUUUUAAGAACCAAUAAGCGAGGCGAACGACGGAGGCGCCGAUGCCAGGUGGCAUUCAGCUACCUGCCUCAGAAUGAUGAUGAGCUUGAGCUGAAAGUCGGGGACAUCAUAGAGGUGGUAGGAGAGGUAGAAGAAGGAUGGUGGGAAGGUGUUCUCAAUGGGAAGACUGGAAUGUUCCCUUCCAACUUCAUCAAGGAGCUUUCAGGGGAGUCGGAUGAGCUUGGCAUUUCCCAGGAUGAGCAACUGUCCAAGUCAAGGCCUGAAGGUCUCUCUCCAGCUUCUCUGCUGCCCUUUCCAGCUCAUGGAGCAAAAGGAAAGACUACCUUUGAAGGGACAAUUCUGUACCGAGCUGCACCGGGAAAGACGGAGGGCCACAGACGCUAUUACAGCUUAAGGGAAACCACAGGCUCCGAGAGCGAUGGAGGUGACUCAAGCAGUACCAAGUCUGAAGGUGCCAAUGGGACAGUGGCAACUGCAGCCAUCCAGCCCAAGAAAGUUAAAGGAGUGGGCUUCGGAGAUAUUUUCAAAGACAAACCAAUCAAACUGAGACCAAGAUCAAUUGAAGUAGAAAAUGACUUCCUGCCGGUAGAAAAGACAAUUGGAAAGAAGUUACCUCCAGCUACAUCAACUCUAGAGCCGUCAAAAACAGAAAUGGACAGCAGGACAAAGACCAAGGAUUACUGCAAAGUAAUAUUUCCAUAUGAGGCACAGAAUGAUGAUGAAUUGACAAUCAAAGAAGGAGAUAUAGUGACUCUCAUCAAUAAGGACUGCAUCGAUGUAGGCUGGUGGGAAGGAGAGCUCAAUGGCAGACGAGGAGUGUUUCCUGAUAACUUCGUGAAGUUACUUCCGCCAGACUUUGACAAGGAAGGGAAUAGACCCAAGAAACCACCACCUCCAUCCGCUCCUGUCAUCAAACAAGGGGCAGGUACCACAGAGAGAAAACAUGAAAUGAAAAAGAUGCCUCCUGAAAGACCAGAAACACUUCCAAACAGAACAGAAGAGAGAGAAAGACCAGAGAGAGAGCCAAAACUGGAUUUACAGAAGCCCUCUGUUCCUGCCAUCCCACCAAAAAAGCCUCGGCCACCCAAGACCAAUUCUCUCAACAGACCUGGCGCACUACCCCCAAGAAGACCAGAGCGACCAGUGGGCCCACUGACACACACCAGGGGUGACGGUCCAAAGAUUGACCUGGCGGGCAGCACACUCUCUGGCAUUCUGGACAAGGACCUCUCGGACCGCAGCAAUGACAUUGAUCUAGAAGGUUUUGACUCCGUGGUAUCAUCUACUGAGAAACUCAGUCACCCAACUACAAGCAGACCAAAAGCUACAGGGAGGCGGCCUCCAUCCCAGUCACUCACGUCUUCCUCCCUUUCAAGCCCCGAUAUCUUUGACUCCCCAAGUCCCGAAGAAGAUAAAGAGGAACACAUUUCGCUUGCGCACAGAGGAAUAGACGUGUCAAAGAAGACUUCCAAGACUGUUACCAUAUCCCAAGUGUCUGACAACAAGGCAUCCCUGCCACCCAAGCCAGGGACCAUGGCAGCUGGCAGCAGUGGGCCAGCCUCUCUAUCUUCAGUGGCAUCCUCCCCCAUGUCAUCCUCUUUGGGAACAGCUGGACACAGAGCCAAUUCCCCAUUGCUGUUCAGCACAGAAGGAAAACCAAAGAUGGAACCUGCAGUCAGCAGCCAAGCUGCUGUAGAGGAGCUCAGGACACAAGUUCGUGAGCUGAGGAGCAUCAUUGAGACCAUGAAGGACCAGCAGAAACGAGAGAUUAAGCAGUUACUGUCAGAGUUGGAUGAAGAGAAGAAAAUACGGCUUCGUUUGCAGAUGGAAGUGAACGAAAUAAAGAAAGCUCUUCAAUCAAAAUGAAUACUUGAUCACUGAGAUGUUGCAUUAUUCAUCCUGAGUCUGAGACUCAAAUUUUCUGCCCCAGCCAAAAUAAUCUUGUGCCAAAAGAUUAAAGGUUUGCCUCAACAUGUCCCUGUUCGAAAGAUUAGCACAAAAGUCUUGAUAGCACAACACAAAUUCCAUCCAAGAGGGGAGUCUUCCCCAUGGUGUAGUCCUGGGUCUGACAGUGGGUGUGAUGUAGAACACAUUGUGCUAAAGGCUUUUCUACCUUGAGAUCUCAUGAGAAACGAAAACUCAGGCAGUUUAGUCCAUAGUAGUACUAUUUUGAUGAUAUUUUCCAUUAAUAAAAUGUAAUUUCAGAUUAUUCGUUUACAAGCUUUAUAAUUUUAGGAUUUUUUAAAAUCGUGUUUUGUCACCGAUGCCCCUGGUGUUUAUACUACACCAAGUCGGAAGCAAGUGUCUUGUUCUUUGCUUCAGGUGGAAAACUGCCUUGCUUUGCGUUCCCCUUUACGAUUCUAUUACAUAUGCAAUUUUAGGUCCCCUGCCAGCAACCCCACCACCCUAAGAGAAAUUCUAGCUUAUAUAUGAUGGUAUAUUUACAAAAAGAGAAAGAGAAAAUCUGGUAUUUGCAAUGAUCUGUGCCUUCUUUCUGUCCCCCUCUUGAUUGGAGCUUUUGUGAUGCAGCUACCAUGAUGCAAAAUAGAGAAAGAAAUAAAGAGAGAAAAAUCCUGCCACUUAUCCUUGUCCACUAGAGGCCACUGUCGUCACAGCUUUUCUCACCCUAAGCCAAAGGUCCUAAAAGGAGACAGCUUGAAAUCUGCCCUGCUGUUUGGUACCAGCUGUGAUGUUUGAGUUUCUCCUACUUUUAGGUUGUUCAUGUAACUAGAAAUGUCAUCCCUGCUUGAUGUUUUCAUCAGCCAGGCUAAACCCCUGCUUCCUGUCCUUCACACCUCUUGCGUGAACAGAAUAUGCAUUAUUAAAGCAAAUAAAUAAAAGUAAAAUGCAAAUGAAAACAAGGGGGGGGAAGUUGUAUUAUUUCCUGCACUGGAUUAUCUGUGUGUGUUAUCGUUGAAACUGUAUUCAUACAAUGUCAUUUGCCUUGCUCACUUGUAACCCCUUCCUUGGAUCCAGGAGAAUGGGAGGAGGGUCUUGUGGAAAUGUAGCUAUGGGAUCUUUCUGGAAUUUAUGGAAUUGCUUUUCCUUUCCCAAUGAAACUGGUGUUUGCUUGUCCGCUUUACCUUCGUAGUACACGAACAGUUCAGCCUUAGACUAUGUAACAGUUUUCUCACCCUUAGCUGAAAAUAGGGGGCAUUCUGGACUUGCAAGAUUGUUUAUGGGGUAGAGGUGGAGGGGGUGGCCCCUUAAUGCCCCCUGAAUAUGUUUGAUGUGUUUCUAAACAGCUGCUUUGUCUAUUUCCUGCAUUUUAUAGUGAAACUACUAAACAUCAAUAGAUUUGCACAACCACAAAGAAUAAGAACUAAUGACACUGAAGGAAUGGUUAAAAAAACUUCAUUAUUCAACAUUGAAAAUAUAACAAAUAAAUGUCUCUUCCUUUUUCUUCCUCUCUCCCUUCCCCUGCCUUGCUCUCACCUGCAUACUUGUCCUUUAUGCCUGAGGCCAUUACUUCCCUCACAGUAUUCACAGAGCCCUAAUGCCCUAGCCUUUCUGGGUGGGGACACAGUUAAGGGAAGGGAAUGUAUAAAGAAACCAUUCACCCUUCAUUCCCACAUGUGAAUACGCCUUUUCUGCAGCCAUGGUCUCAGUGUGCUUGGGGCCAGGAGCACCAAGUUUCUAAGAGCAGUGUCAAACAUUCCUGUACCCACUGACUGUGCUAAGCCUUUCUGCAUUACACUUGAAGCCUUCGGAGAUUUCCUGCCACCUAUUAAAACAAUGAGGAUUGGAUUCUUUGAUGUUUGAAUUUCUCAUUUACUCAUCAAGAAAAUCCCUAAUGAUGGUAUAGCUUUAUAUGAUGUGUAUACAGAGUAGGAUUGCUAACAGUGAAAUCGAGAGGUUGGAGCACCCUCAUGGGGUGCUGGCAACAUGGAAUGUAGAGGGCUGGUGUCUUUCCAUAAUUGAGGCAUUG